CCGCUGUCGUCCCUUUUCGGCAAAAACCAAGAAAUGCAUAUUUCGUUAGCAUUCCAAAUUUAAGUGAUGGUUUAUGUAAUUAACCCGUAACACUACAAAAUGGAAAAAUGACAAACAAGGAGAAAAUAUAGGCAAAUUGAAAAUGAUAUGCGAUGAGGUUUUUUUGAAUAAUGCGAUGAGGUUAAUAAAUACAUUUUCCAGCCGGCAACAGCAGCAGAAACCAAAAUGUGGCCUCUCCAAUUUGUCGGAUUCCGCCAUUGAUAAUCGGAUUCAUUAUCAAACUGCAUCUUCUUCCCUGGAUUGGAAAUAACGUCGAUGGAAUCCUCUGCUUCACUCUUCUCUGCCGCCAUGGAACCCCUCUCUCUAUAUAACUGGAAUCUCCCCAACCACCAUUUCUCCCCCAUCGAAUUCAAUUCGUAGAUUAUCCCUUUCCCCCAUUUUCUCAAUUUACCAAGAAGCCCUCUGUUUUCCCCUGAUUCCCUUCCCAAUCUAAUCCCUAUCACUAUCUGUCUUCUACCCAGAUCCGCAAAAACUGCCACCGAUGGGAUCCGGCGGCGACCAAGAAUCCGGCGGAGUCGCGACGACGACGACGACAAAAUCCAAGCUACGCUACAAUUCGCCUCUGGUCCAAGUGGUCCUCAUCGGACUGGUCUGCUUCUGCUGCCCGGGGAUGUUCAACGCCCUCUCCGGCAUGGGCGCCGGCGGCCAGGUCGACCCCACCGCCGCCAACAACGCCAACACCGCGCUCUACACCACCUUCGCCGUCUUCGGCGUCCUCGGCGGCGGAUUCUACAACAUCCUCGGCCCGCGCCUCACCCUCGCCGCCGGCUGCAGCACCUACGUCCUCUACGCCGGAUCUUUCCUCUACUACAACCACCACCAGCACCAGGCCUUCGCCAUCGUCGCCGGCGCCAUCCUCGGGAUCGGCGCCGGAUUCCUCUGGGCCGGGCAGGGGGCAAUCAUGACGUCAUACCCACCGCCGAAUCGGAAAGGGACCUACAUCGCUCUGUUCUGGAGCAUCUUCAACACCGGCGGAGUCAUCGGCGGGUUAAUCCCUUUCGCCCUCAAUUACCACCGUGAAGCCCCUUCCGUCAACGACGCCACCUACAUCGGAUUCAUGAUUUUCAUGUCCGCCGGAACAAUCCUCUCCCUAGCCAUCCUCCCGCCGAGCAGAGUAAUCCGCGAGGACGGCAGCCAGUGUACCAAAAUCAAAUACUCCAAACCCUCAACGGAAGCAAUCGAGAUUCUCAAACUCUUCGGGAACUGGAAAAUGCUUUUAAUCGCGCCGGCGGCCUGGGCGUCCAAUUUCUUCUACACCUACCAGUUCAACAACGUCAACGCGGCGAAAUUCAACGUCAGGACCCGCGGAUUGAACAAUGUGUUCUACUGGGGAGCGCAGAUGGUGGGCGCGUUUGCAAUCGGGCAGGUGCUGGACUUCAGCUGCAAGAGCAGGAGAAACAGGGGAUUUCUAGGGAUUGCGAUUGUAGGGGUAAUGGGGACCGCGAUCUGGGGCGGCGGAUUGGCCGAUCAAUUGGGUUACUCGUUCGAUAAAAUGCCGGCGAAGCUCGAUUUCAAGGAGUCCGGGGGGAAAUUCGCGGGGCCGUUCGUUUUGUACUUUGGGUAUGGGCUUCUGGACGCGGUUUUCCAGAGCCUGGUGUAUUGGGUGAUCGGAGCUCUGGCCGACGAUUCGGAGGUUCUGAGCCGGUACGUUGGGUUCUACAAAGGGAUACAGAGCGCCGGAGCUGCGGUUGCGUGGCAGCUUGAUACGAAGAAGGUUCCGAUGCUGACCCAGUUGAUUGUGAGCUGGGUUCUUACUACGAUAAGUUACCCGUUGCUGAUUGUUCUUGUGGCGUUGGCCGUUACCGAUGAGGUGAAGCCUGAGGAAGACAAAAAUGGGGAAGCUUUGGAUCGGAAGAGUUACGCUGAUGAGAGUGACAACAACAAGCCAAUUUAAGAUCGGUGUUGUUUGUGAAUUGUGAUAUCUUUUCAAUUGUAAUUCUUGGUGUGUCGAUUGAUAUACGAGUGGUUUAGUGAGCUGCGUAAAAGUGUGUUAAGUUAAGAAUUUGUGUGUGUAGGCAACAUAAGAGUUGUGUCGAUCUUUACUCGAUGUGUGUUUCAGUUGGUGAAUCGGGUUGUUCUGCCGAUUUAAUUGUAGGAAAAUUACUCUUGGGUCUGCACCCUAUUCUCCAUCCUCCUGGGAUGGCGGGAAUCCUCGCUGGUGUGUAUGUGGGAUGGGGGUACGAGAGCUGGGUCCCACUCUGCUAGCGGAAUGGUGCUUCUUGACCCUCAUAGGAAGGUCCUCUGAGCUCAAGGGGUCCAGUUUCGGUCUAUUGAUGAUUCUUUAGUGGUGGAACCACUCGUCCUCCGGGAAGCUAUCUCGUGGUGUGUGGCUAAUGGAUUCCAGGAUGUGAGAUUUGAAGGCGAUGUCAAGGUCAUCAUCGAUAAAAUCAAUCAAGCUGAGACUAGAGAUAGUAGGAUUGAGAUGGUCUUAGAGGGAAUCCGGCAAUGUAUGGAGAAUCAUUCUGGGUUUAGUUUGCGAUUUGUAGGACGGAGGAACAAUAGGGUAGCCCAUGCGGUGGCUAGAAACGCCCUUUCUUUGUACCCGUCUAUGUGUCGCUCUUUUAAUUUUCAGGCCUGACUGUUUUCCAGGGUGUAACUGUGUCUAUCUUGAAUCAAUAUAUGAUUAUCUUUUGUAAAAUAAAAAAGGCGUAAAGGAUUAUUUGUAAGCCAUUUUUGUUAGGUGAAUGAAAACUAUGUUAGUUACUAUCGAGUGAAGAAUAAAUUUUCAGUUCAGGAUGGACGUGUGGUGAAAGUUGGGUAGAUGAGAUUCGGGCCGAUAAGAAAUGAAUUGAUGCUCAAACUAAAGAGCUGAUUGGAAUUGAAAUGAAUUGAAUUAGAUUCCUCUGUUUUAGUUUUUCUUGUAGGAAAAAAAAAAUAGGGGAUGGAAUUGGAAAUUGUGCGUUGACGAAGGUUAGGUGGGCCAUGAUUUUUGAUACCUUCCUUUUCCUGUGAUGUGGAUAUUUUUUAAUUUUCCGAGGAAAUCGAAUCUAUGGGAUUGGGAUUUGGGAUGGGAUUCAGAGGGCCACGCCUACUUGACUCCAUCCCUAUGACCAAAUCGGCCAUGAGACCAGUUCGCUUGGGCUCGCCAAAAGCCCAACAUCAUAUAAUAUUCUUAUUAAGUCUGGUUCAGCGACAAGGUGACGGGCUUCUCCAACCCGUACCAACAAACGGAGGCCCACCCGAUCUCCAUUUCUAAGUUCGACCCAUAUGGAUUAGGGUUUCUAUCAGCCGAAUGUAUAUAUGCUGAGAUUACCGAAUUCGAUAGAAGGACUAGUCUCAAAGAUCAUCGUUGAAAUACCGUACGAUAAAUUUCAACAUGCAUCUCAGCUUUUUACACAAGGGUUUCGCUUAACUUUUGAAGAGGAAUAAGCUAGCUAGGCUCAUGUAUGGAGUCACCUCAAUGGGCCCGGGACACGCACUUUAGUAUCCACAUUCAUCAUGCACUAAGCGCGGAUCAGGUUGGAUAAUACAUAUGCUGGUAUAUGGCGAGAAAGAAAUUGCACAAUUGAAUUGAUUGAUUGAUUUACAAGGUUUCCUGAAAAAAAUUAACUUUAUAUGUAAAACACAAACAAAUUAUUUUGGAUUUUGCUACGGUGACAUGCAUGUCACGGUGACAUGCAUGUCACGGUGACAUGCACUUUUAGGUCGACCUCAUAUAGGAUUAGUUCGACCUAAUAUGUUAUUUCAGUGUAAAAACAGUUUCAUGGUGCCUACUUUGGAGAUUCAUAUCUUACAAUUGGCUAGAUGGAAAUUGGAGAUUAAAGGCUUGUUUUGAAG